CUGUCUCGGCCAUAGUAGAAAAUGGCGAUGGCAAGGAAUUUUAUGUGAACGAAUGUGCUUGCUAUUAGUGCGCGUACGGUUAUUUUAUAGAAAAAUCGUAACUGUUUUAACAUUCAUAGUUUGAUUGAAAUGCCAAUAUGCAGAAUGUUUCGCAAGAUUCCUCUACAGAUAAUCCGAAAAUAGAUAAAGUGACUGUUCAUGAACUAGGGAACUCAUCGUCUACUCCCCAAUCGACGACGGCCAAUUCAAGUCCUGCAAAAUCUGAAACUGAAACCUAUUCAGAGCAUCGCAGAUAUAUGUCAGAAACAUCAGAAAGCGAAGAAGAUAGUGUAUCAGAGGUGGACUCAUUUAUGAUUGAUCAGGAGUUCGAGGACGAUCCCCAGGUAGAAGCAGCCAAGUUCCUUCUAAAUCCAGACGAAGAUAGAGCAGUAGACCCCGAGACACAAGCGAGGCUAGAGCAACUCCUACAAGCAGCUGGUAUUGGACAACUGGCGGCCAAGGAUGGUAAGCAUCUAGGCGAUCCAGAAGUUCUUCGUAGGUUAACAUCGAGCGUAUCCUGCGCCCUGGACGAGGCUGCAGCCGCUUUGACUCGCAUGCGUUCAGACAACCCCAACAGCCGUUCCACUACGUCGAGCAGCAGCCAACAACCGCAGCCCGAGAAGACGUCUUUAGUGGAAGCGUGCACCGACGGUGAUGUCGGAACGGUCCGAAAACUGCUGACAGAAGGAAGAUCAGUGCACGAAACCUCCGAAGAAGGAGAGAGUUUGCUGUCAUUAGCGUGCAGUGCUGGAUAUUUCGAGCUUGCGCAGGUACUUUUAGCAAUGCAUGCUAAUGUGGAAGAUCGUGGCAUUAAAGGAGAAUGUACUCCUUUAAUGGAAGCAGCAUCAGCAGGUCAUCUUGAUAUUGUCAGGCUUUUGGUAGCUCAUGGAGCUGAUGUCAAUGCGCAGUCCACAUCAGGAAACACCCCCCUUAUGUAUGGUUGUGCCGGCGGACACACCGAAGUAGUUAAAUUCCUUCUUGAGAACGGCGCCAAUGUUGAAGACCACAACGAGAAUGGCCACACCCCUCUUAUGGAAGCUGCUAGCGCAGGCCACGUUGGACUUGCCAAGAUUCUUCUUAAUCACGGAGCAGGGAUCAACACCCAUUCAAAUGAGUUCAAAGAAUCUGCCCUCACGCUGGCCUGCUACAAAGGUCAUCUGGAUAUGGUGAGAUUUCUGCUCGAAGCUGGAGCUGACCAAGAACACAAGACCGAUGAAAUGCAUACCGCCUUGAUGGAAGCUUCCAUGGAUGGUCAUGUUGAGGUGGCAAGGCUUCUCCUAGAUUCUGGAGCACAAGUCAACAUGCCAACUGAUAGCUUCGAGUCGCCUCUCACCCUUGCAGCGUGUGGUGGUCAUGUAGAUUUAGCAAUGCUACUGAUUGAGCGUGGAGCCAACAUCGAAGAAGUUAAUGAUGAGGGAUACACACCACUCAUGGAAGCUGCUAGGGAGGGACAUGAAGAAAUGGUUCAUCUCUUAUUGGGACAGGGAGCCAAUAUCAACGCCCAAACUGAUGAGACCCAAGAGACGGCUUUAACUCUAGCUUGUUGCGGAGGUUUCACAGAAGUAGCCGACAUACUUCUCAAAGGAGGUGCAGAUAUCGAACUCGGUGCUUCUACUCCCCUCAUGGAAGCAGCUCAAGAGGGUCAUUUAGAUCUUGUCAGAUUUUUACUUGAAAAUGGCGCCAAUGUACAUGCCCAAACCCAAACAGGAGAUACAGCUCUAACCUAUGCUUGUGAAAAUGGACAUACGGAUGUAGCAGAUCUACUUUUACAAUAUGGCGCUGAUCUAGAGCAUGAGUCAGAAGGUGGUAGGACACCACUGAUGAAAGCUUGCAGGGCUGGUCAUAUGUGCACAGUGCAGUUCCUCAUUUCAAAAGGGGCAAAUGUUAGGCGACAAACGACUAAUAAUGAUCACACCCCUUUGUCUCUGGCCUGUGCCGGAGGUCACUUACCUGUUGUUGAGUUGUUGUUGAGUCAUAACGCUGACCCUAACCACAAGCUAAAAGACAAUUCCACCAUGCUUAUUGAAGCUGCAAAAGGAGGACAUACGAACGUUGUACAGUUGCUCCUGGACUACCCCCACUCCAUGCAACCCCUGAUGUUGAACCAGCAUCAACAAGGGGCUACGACGGCUACCAACUUGUCUAUGCUUCCAGGGCAAGUUGGUAGCCGAGACUCACCUCUUCCUCCUGGAGCAACAACAAUACCCAGCUUGCCACCCCAGCCUGUCAACUUUUUCCAACCCCCUGCAGGUGCUGUCCUACAGGAAGUCCCUGAUGCAGUGAGAAUAGUCCAACAGGAGGACGCUAACAAUCCCCCGAUAGAUGUUAAUAAACAACAGGUGCAAGCACAGGCGAAUCGGACAGCAGAGCCACAGAAGAUUUCUGGAAGAAAAACUAUUCUGCCGAAAAGUCGAUCGGCGGGGGCGGUGUUUGACGGAAACCUCACAUCGGCCGAAGCGCAGCAGGUUAGAACGCAACCUCUCGAUUUUGAGGAGGAGGUGUUUUCAUCCAAUGCUGCCAUGGAUUUUCUCAACAAAGACGAAUCAAAUAGUACCUUGGUAGGCUUCAUUAAGAACAGAAAGAAACAAUUGAGCACUGUUCCUGAUGAAUCGUCUAAGAAGCAACCUGGUUCUGCUGACGAUCCAUCAAAGAAGCCACCUUUUACCACUCCCGCCGAUGAUUCAACUAAGAAGCAACAGAUUCUUGAGGAAAUACAACGGGCGGAUCUGGAGAUCCAUGGGAAAAGUCAGCCACACAGUCAUGUAUUCCAAUAUGGAGUACCUCAGGAUCAAUGCCCUUCAUCUACAAGUAAUCCACUACUACCCCCCAUGAUGAAUAUCGACCUAGCAAUGCAGCAGCAUAAACAACAGCAAGGGCUGGGUACUGGCAUGCUGUCUAGUACGCUCUUUCCUGGACAAAAUCUACAAGUCCACAGUGCUUUCUACACAGGGGGCACCACCUGCCUACAGCCGCCUGCUCCCAAACUGUCUGUACCUCCCGCGGACCAGGGUGCUGCGGCAGCGGCUUUCCAGCAGAAGCAAGCACCAUAUUUCUUUACGCCUUUGCCAACUUCAGUGGCCGUCAGCCUACCCACUGCCAGCACGAAUCCAGCCGUGACGACUGUCACUGCCAUUGCUCCGAACCAACCCAUCAAGUUUCAGAGUGUUACCUCUCAUGCAGAAGUCAGUCAGAAUACGGCAAUAAGUGAUAGACCUAAAGCCAAACCUGUCUCGAAAAAGGAGGGUAAAAACAUCCGGAAGCAACAGCAGCAAACUAUGUUACCCCAACAGUCUCUUCCACAACAAUCUGUCCUGCAACAACCACCACAAUCUCAAGCCUUUCAACCAAAUCUCUAUGGUCAACAACCGUCACAGAUCUUUGGGCAAUUACAAUUGCAGCCUCCUCAGCAAAUGCAGAUGCAAACGUUUCCACAGCAGGAGACCAAAACGAUAAUGCAGCAGGAAAUUUUGAAUGUACAAGGUUUGGAUUUGACAGCAAUUGAUGACGACCAUGUUCUACUUACAAGCGAAAACCACGAGAAUCUUUUGACAGCUUCUAUUUUACAGCAGUUCCACAGUAAUCCCACCCCUUUACUGCGAGCUGCCUUUUCUGGUUCGCCUCAUAAAUCACGAUUAGAUCUUUAUGACCACACUGAGGGUAGUUGUAAAAUAACGGAACUUACCGACAAAGAUUUCUCUUCAGUGGACGAUGUUGUUCAAACACUCGAAUCUUUCAAUGCAACUGAAAUCAGUGAACAAAGCCUUUCGCAACAUAACUUACAGGUUCAACCAUAUCCCAGUGCUUUAGAUGAAUCAAUGAUUGCAUCUUUAGCAGCCCAACAAGACCUAACGCCCCAAACUGAUCUAUCCCGGGUAGAAUAUUUUGCAGUACCUACAAAUGGUUCCCAAGUUCCUGUACAUGCCUUGUAUCCAUAUGACUACCUCGGUGCUGCAGCACUGCCAAAAGAACAACUCUUUCAAGCUGGAUUCCAAGCUGGCUACAGUCUUAUGCAACAUCAGAUGGGUGUUCCCAAUGCAAGUGUAAGCGAGACCAUGACCACCACCUCAGUAGUUCCCACCACUGUCGGGGCUUUGCCGGGUACUUCAACUCAGCAAUACAUUACACCCCAACAGCCUUGUAGUCACGUAGCUACAUCUGUUCCUUUACAACAGCCCCACCAUUGUCCUUUGCCCUGUAGUCAACAUCAACAAAUGCCGCAAAGUCCCCACCAGCAAACUUCUAAUCAAGUACAGGCGGCCACCCAAACCGCACAGUCUGCUCAGGCUGUUUCAAACGACGCAAAGAAAGUCGCCAAAACCAAUGGUGAAGGUAUGAAAUUCAAAAAGGGCAGAGUAUUACGACAUCAAAACCAGGUGCAACCCGGAGGCAGCUUUCCACCAGGUCAGAAUUAUCAAAUAGAUCAUAAUUCAGCAAUCACUCAGUACAGUGCUAGUCAACAGCAGUGUCCAAGUGCGGUGAUUUCUCCAUGCAUGGAUGUGGACUCAGAAACAGAGAGCAAUCACGAUACGGCUCUCACCCUUGCAUGUGCAGGUGGUCACGAAGAACUAGUUGAAUUGUUAAUCAGUAGGGGCGCCGAUAUAGAGCAUAGGGAUAAAAAAGGCUUUACACCUCUUAUCUUAGCAGCGACGGCAGGUCACGAAAAGGUGGUGGAAAUACUUUUGAAUCACAAUGCUGAUAUCGAAGCACAAUCUGAACGAACCAAAGACACCCCUCUGAGUUUAGCAUGUUCCGGAGGGCGUUAUGAAGUAGUUGAAUUGUUGCUGAAUAGAAAUGCCAACAAGGAGCAUAGGAAUGUUUCUGAUUACACUCCACUGAGUCUAGCAGCUUCAGGUGGUUACGUCAAUAUCAUUAAGCUUCUUUUGAGUCAUGGGGCCGAAAUUAAUUCUCGAACUGGUUCUAAAUUAGGUAUUUCUCCGCUUAUGUUGGCUGCGAUGAAUGGGCACACUGCAGCUGUAAAACUACUGUUAGACAUGGGAAGUGAUAUUAAUGCUCAGAUUGAGACGAACCGGAAUACAGCUUUAACUUUAGCCUGCUUUCAAGGGAGGCAUGAGGUUGUUAGUCUUCUUCUCGAUAGGAAAGCCAAUGUCGAACACAGAGCGAAGACUGGACUUACACCCCUCAUGGAAGCUGCAAGUGGAGGUUAUGUAGAUGUAGGAAGAGUACUUCUUGAUAAAGGAGCUGACGUUAAUGCUAUUCCUGUUCCUUCUUCCCGGGACACUGCACUCACCAUAGCUGCUGAUAAGGGUCAUGUUCGAUUUGUGGAGUUAUUGCUUUGUCGGGGAGCUCAAGUGGAGGUUAAAAACAAGAAAGGAAAUUCUCCCUUAUGGUUAGCUGCCAACGGAGGUCACCAACCAGUUGUUGAACUACUCUAUAAUGUUAACGCAGAUAUAGAUUCUCAAGAUAACAGAAAAGUGUCCUGUCUAAUGGCUGCUUUCAGAAAAGGCCACGUGAAAGUAGUCAAAUGGAUGGUCCAUCAUGUGACCCAAUUCCCUAGUGAUCAAGAAAUGAUGAGGUACAACUCGACAGUCAGUGAUAAGGAACUUUUAGAGAAAUGUCAUGAGUGUGUGAAAAUAAUUCGAGCUGCUAAAGAAACCCAAGCAGCCAAAGCAAACAAAAACGCAUCUAUUCUUCUAGAAGAACUCGAAUCAGAAAAGACACGCGAGGAAUCGAAAAGAUUAGCCGCAGCCAGGCGCCGUGAAAGAAAAAAGAAGAAGAAGUUAGAGAAGAAGGAGGAAAGAAGAAAAUUAUUGGAAGAAAACAAAAAGAAUGAGAAUUACGAUGAAAAUCAAGAUAAAGAGGAAGAGAAUACUGAGGAAGAGAAACCUGAAGAGGAAGAAAAUGUUCCCGAGGUUAACCCAGCGAAUCGGAACCCUGAAGCAAAUGACAAAGAAGAAGGUGAUAGUGGAAUCGAUGCAAAUAGUCAAGGUAGUUGUUCGAGCGCUGACCUAAAAUCUAAGGACAAGCGCAAGGAUAAGAAGAAAAAGAAAGGUGCAUCAAAAAGUAUUGAAUCCCACAUCCGUUCAAAAGCAAGCUCUAGCAAAGCAUCCGAUCAAGAUUCACCUGACAAAAACGAUAAAAACGUUGAUGGUAGAAACAAACAAAAUCUGAAUGUUCGAAAAGGACUUGUGUUUACGCAAACAAAAUCACCCGCAGAACGUGACGAUUUUGAGGCCACUGGCAAUGAGGUUUAUGUUUCCAGCAAGAAAUCUAAACCAAGUUAUGAAGAAGUUCAACCUCAACCUUCAAAAAGUUCCACCAGUCCUAAACAAUCCAGCAAACGUGAGGAGGGUUGGAAGGAAGUAGUAAGGAAAUCAUCUGUUCAGACUUUGACUGCAACAGAGUCUGGAAUCAAAAAGGUAUCUGUACCUCUGAAUGCUAUUUCUAGAGUCAUCGGAAGAGGAGGUAGCAAUAUAAAUGCCAUCAGAGGUGCAACUGGUGCUCAUAUUGAAGUGGAGAAACAAAGCAAGGGCCAAGGAGAAAGAAUAAUCACCAUCAAGGGUUCUACUGAAGCUACCAAGCAAGCUCAUAUUCUCAUUGCUGCACUCAUAAAAGAUCCAGAAGUGGAUAUUUUGUCAAUGUUGCCGAAAACCAAUAAAACGGUUUCCAGCUCAACAACAUUAUGGGACAAAACACAAAUUGGAACAAAGAAGAAUGCUGGUAAGAUUGCUGUGGUAACUCAGAGCAUAGCAUCAUCAACUAGUGCUCAUCCAAAAGUCACCCAAACUUCGGCGCCAACUGUAGUUUCGACGAGUAGGUUCACCGCCAGUUCGGCAAUGAAGGUUCGUGGUACUGCCCCCGUUUCGACUACUAGGGUGACAGCUCCACGGUUAGUAGCCCAAGCAGAAAAGAAUGCAGCAGCCCAGGCGCAAAACCAAGCUUUGCGUCUACCUGUAUCUCAUCCUUCAUCAGUAUCGCUUAGGAUUCCUCCUCCAAACAAAGUCAUCACAUCUAGCGUGAACCAGACAUUUGCUGCAAAAUUGACGGAAACCUCGUCUAGCCAACCGACUGUCAAUACGAAUACCAGCAUCACAACAAGUAAGCCCAGAACUCUCGCAUUGCCUCAAACAUCAGUGGGUCCUGUUUCGCCCCAGUUGCCGCCAACAACUACUGCCAACACCCAAUCUUCACCAAACAGAAAUGCUCGACCCAUUCCUACUGCUUCUGCACCUCCCAACAUGCAACACUCUCAGAGUCCUGGUAAAAUGCUACCUAUGUUUGGAUCUGCUCCUCUGCCUACUCAAGGAAAUGUUACUGUCCCAGUUUCUGAAUCAAGUGUUACCAACUUGAGAAGUUCCACCCCGAGUUUGUUACAAGGUACCACUAUUCCACAAAAACCUCCAGUCGAAGAGAAAAUAGUUCCAACACCGGAAUAUUCUCUGUUUUUCACUGGAGAUCACUGGAAUCGGCGGGAACCGGAAUCUCAGAAACCGGUUAAUUUUGCAGCUGUCACCGGCGGAUCCACCUCACAAUCGGUUCCUCAGCACAAAUUCAUAAACCAAGAGCCACCUCCACAGGUUGAUGCUGCGAAAGCACCUGGUUACAGAGGUGGAGCAGUCUGUUCCCCAGUUUCAUCGAAGACCAGCAGCAACAGUACCACACCACCAAAUAAUUCGGGCAAUACCCCGUUCCAAAACUACCAAGAACAGAAUAAAAGUCAGGUCACACUGCCACCCAUAGGUAGUAAUGUAGUACAUAAUAGACCUCCAGUUUCUCAGAGUAAUCCCGACUUUUUUGUGGACAUGUUUAAAUCUAGUGCCAGCAACAUUCCAAACAUGCUCAACGUAUGCAGCGACCCUAACCUUCUACAAGGGUGUUUCAAUCCGAUCCCGAGUUUGAGUUUUUCCCAGCCACAGCAGCAACAGCAACAACCCCAACAGAGCACUAGCCUGUCUAGGUUGAAUCCCAAAGCUCCAGAAUACUCUAGUUAUGGUAUACAAAGCAAGCCGUCACCACACAUGUUUAAUGGUUAUCAAAUGAGCAAUCAGAACAAUAUGUUCAUGUCGAAACAACAAAGCAGCAUGGAUAAUUUCCAUAGACCUGGCUUAGGCUCUACCCAAAAUCGCCUCUGGAUGCAACCACCGUUCACUCCGCAGUCUGAUCCACUGAUAAACAACAUAGCUGGUAUGACUAUACAUAACAUCGCCAAGUUCACUGGAAAUGAAGUAUUGGAUAAUUCAGGGGAAAUAGGGUUGGUCAAUAAUUCACCCAAUAUGUCGCCGAAUUUAUCAAGUGCACACAGCUUCCACCAGGAUAAUGUGUAUGGUGUGGAGGAGAGGAAACCUCCCCAGCCUAUAGGUACUGGUAGAAAAAUUUUCAGUAAUCAAUUGGAAAAUUGGAGGUUGAACGAUAAAGCUGAUAAAUGGUCGCUUGGAGGUAACACUGAAUUCACCAUGCUUCGUAAUCCUCAGAUUUACGGAGAGGAUUUACAGCCAAUGGAUUAUUCGCGCCCCAUGCCUACUAUGGAUAAUUCUCAUUCUUAUAUGAAUGGACCACCAUUUUUUAACCAACCCCAGAUGAAUCCAGUACGGCAAGAAUUUAUGCCUGACAUCACGAAACUUGACCUGUCCUCUUGGGAUAAUACUCCUCGGCAGUUACCGGAUCUUCAAGAUAAACAGCAUGGGUGGAACACCAAGUGGAACCAGUAAUUAUACAUGAACAUGUGAACUAUAAGCGAAUUUUAAUUAAGUCCAAAAAAUCGUGCGAAAUUUAGCUUCUCUCUUUGUGAUUUUUGGAAUACAAGUUUUUGCAGUAGAAUCUAGGUCUAGUUAUUUUUUUGUUAUUGGUAAAUAUCUCAUCGUAUUGACCCUUUAUACAGGUCAAUGUUUCUGGCAAGUGGUUAUAUACUCUUCACCUCUGCCGAUUUUAACGCAUUUGGUGUAUAUAAAAUUAUUAUGACCCGUUCAUUGUAGUUUAUUGCAUGUUGAUUUUUCUUUUAUGAACCGCUUAUAGUUUAAAACUAUUUUAUCAUCAAUAAGUUGUAGUCCGAAGAAAUGUUCAUUUGUGGAGCUUUUUGGCGCUACAUGCAGCCGAACGAGCUGGGAAUUAUAGACAUUAAUUAUAAAAUAUACUAAACAUUAUGUAAAAUGUAGUAGUUGCGCAAAAAGGUUAUGAGGGAUUGGCGAUUAAGGGACAAAUAUGUACUUGUGAUUCUUUGUUCUCUGAUCGAAUAUAUAUUUUCUUUCCUACGUGGUAAGUCCAGUGAUUAUUUAUCACUCACGAAAUGUUGCGCCUGGCACGGCAAGCACUUGUGGAGGCUCGCUGUCUCCAUCAAAUGGUAAGAUUAUUAUUGAACGGAAUAUUAUGUAAUAUUUGCUUGUACAUGAAGACUUAAAUAUAUCUUUAUGCACUGUAA